AUGACCUCUGACCUCAGAGCUGUUUGGUACAGUCUGGUGUUGGAUGAGAGGCGUUUCCCUCCUCGUGCGGUUCUGGAUGAAUCCGGCCGUCAGCAGCCCAGGACUGUGAUUCUGCAGGGUGGCGGUCAGAGCUGCCAGCGCCUCGGCUUCUCCAUCCAGGAGACGACUGAUUACGGACGUCCCAUCGCGGUUGUCCUGGAGACGGGGCUGCAGAGCCCAGACGAGGGGCCGGUGUUGGACCCGGACUGGCCGAGCGUCCUGAGGACCGAGCUUCCCUUCUGGAACGGCUGUGAGCAGGAGGACACCUGCGUACCGGACCUCGUCCUCCACAGUCACUCCGACCUCAUGGAUGUUCAGCAGUUCUGCAGCUCGAGGGACCGGGCCGCCUGGACACUGUGCAGCCACCAGGGGGAGUCAGAGGGCCCGGUGUAUGUGGUGGAGACCGGGCGGAGGAGGAUGGUGGUGUUUUCCCGACUGGAGAAUCAGGGCGAGAACGCGUACGGAGCCGCCAUCCACAUCUCCACCUCCUCCAACCUGCUGUUCUCCAGCCUCAUCGUCAAGGACCAAUCAGAUAUUCAGAUUGAGUGUUACGCUGAGGACAGAUUGGCCAAUCAGAGGAGCUGUAACAUCAGUGCUCCUUUCAUGAAGUCCUUGUCCCAGGUGUCGUUCCGUGUGGAGUUUGAGUUCAGCCGUUCUGUCUUCCUGGACCACGUGCAGGUCGUCAUGGCGACCAGCAGUGAGGGAGAGGAGGGUUACCCGGACGACAACAUCAACGACAUCUUCCUCCCUCUGAAAUACCAAGCUGACAUCGUUUUCACCAGAGAUCCGAACACUCCUCGGUUUGAAAUCAGAGCAGACAGCUCCUCCUCCUCCUCCUCUUCAUCCUGGGACCAAUCAGAGAGCAGCUCUCCGACCUUCAACCUCACUUAUUAUAUCCAGAACCCGGGCAUCUUCUCGGUGCAGGACGUGGUGUUCAGGGCUGAUAUCUGGGCCGUGACCCGGCGGGGGAACCAGCUGGUCAACAUCACAGACUACAGCAUCGAGCGGGUCUCCGGGUCUCACUGCAUGCUGCCUCAAACCAGAACAACCAAUCAGGUCACAGCAGAGGACCUGUCUCACCUGUCACAGCUGAACCACAGUAACGGUGUGAGCGAGUCGGUCCGGUGCAGACUGGACCUGCCGGCCUCCAGAGAGCUGAAGGUGACGCUCAGAGGAAGACUUCAGCUUCCCGCUCUGCUCGCUGUGAGCUUCAAGUCGUUGGAGUUACUGACCGCCGCCUCCAUCCAGCUGGAAGCGUCCAGUCCGAUGUUCCUGCAGGAGGACAGGCCGGUCCGACAGAUAAUCCUGGAGCUGAGGAAGGACGAGGAUUACAUCAUCCCCGUCUGGAUCAUACUGGGCAGCUCGCUGGGAGGCCUGCUGCUACUGGCCUUACUGGUGCUGGCCCUGUGGAAGCUCGGCUUCUUCAACAGACGACGGCGACAGGAAGAGGAGGAGCAGCCUGUAGCCAAUGGGAAGGCAGCAGAGGAGCUAUAACAUGUGGGCGGCCAUGAUGCUGCACUCGGUCCUCCUCAGUCUGUAAAGUCACUACAUGAGUCCUGAGUGGUUUGAGUCUCGACUAACGAUGAAACACUGAGGUGAAACCAGCACAGGUCAGAGGUGAAGGUCGCCAGCUGGUCACCACUCAGGAAGCUCUGGUCCGGCCCGGUUCUCUCCCGGUGCUGAACUCAGAGAGGUCUGACUUCAUGAGCUGAUGAGGAUCACCUGAAUGCAUCACAAGCCUCCACCUGUCACUCAGGGAACCUGAUGCCCCGCCCCCCCACCAAUCAGCCAAUCAGCCACGCCCAUAAACAUAUGACCAGUUUUACAACAGAGCGGAGGAAGACAGCAGAACCUUUACAGAACUUUUAGUACUCCAUUACAUUCAUAUUACUCAAGUGAACAGUAGAAAGUUCUGAAAUGACCCGUGUGGAUGAAAAUGGGUCAGAAUGAAUGCAGCUUGUUGUUUAUCUGCUUUAGAUACAGCGGUUCCUAACCUCUGGACCGGGCCCCUCCGACGGGCCCCCAGAUACAUCUGAGGGGCCAUGAGAUGAUUAACGAUGAUUAACUGUAAUGUUGUGUAGUAGAAGUACACAGCAAAUACUCAACCCAAUACCCAAGUAAAGUAGAAGUACCUCAAAACUGUACAGUACUUGAUUGAAUGUACUCAGUCACUUUCCUGAAGAAUUUACCUGCCUCCUGUUAACUGUAAAGCUCAUCUGUGACCCAGCUCCAGCUCCAGCACCGGCACCAGCUCCAGCUCCAGCACCGGCACCAGCUCCAGGACCGGCACCAGCUCCAGCACCAGGACCGGCACCAGGACUCAUUUUAUUCUUCCGAAAGUUGAAGUCGAAGUUUUCACUCUGAGACGUUCAUGUCAUUUAUCAAAUAUCCCAGAAACUUCAGUGAGACUUCAGGUUGUAACUGUACACCUGCAGGAAUAUGAUUGGAUGUUAAGAGAGAGAGAGAGAGUGUGUGUGUGUGUGUGUGUGUGUGUGUGUCUUCUGUAGGAAUAGUUAAUAAUGUGGACGAACUGGAUCCACCUGUCUGAUGGGAGUCACUGUGCUGAGAUCAGCUGAUGGGAGCGAUGAUCACAACAAACAGUAAUAAAUCAGAUCCAUCAUGUUUCACUGAGGGCGUCAGAACAAGACUACCUAACACGGCUGACUUCAUUUUUUAUACUAGUGGACGUUGUAAAUGCAUCCUACGAACACAUAUUGUUUAUUACUUCCAAAGUUAUAUCUGAGGCACUUUUGUUGUAUAAAGUUAAACUUGAACUUGCUGUAAAUACAUGUGUAUGAAUAAGGAUAGUGGCAUUAUUGUUUGAGAUGACGCUGAUGUUUCUGCAGCAGAGGAUCAACUCCCUUCAUACAGUCUGUUCACUACUAUGUUAAUAUUAGAAUAAAGCCAAGAAAUGUACACGUGCUGUGUCGUGCUUCAUAAACGAACGUGUUUGUUUUCAGGUCAUUUGUUUUCCAUCACUCGUUUCUGCUCCAGUUCCAUUUGUAUGUUUUGAUGACUUCAGCAGCAGCUCCGGUGUGGCCUGACCUCCUGACUCUGAGAGGACGAGAGCGUCAUAAUGAGGAAAGACUCGUUAACAGUUCCACCCAAAAUGAACCGGGUCGUUCUCUGCUCCCUCCUGAUGAUGGACGUCAGGUCUGGCAGAAACGUUUGUGUUUGUUUAUGUCACGACUUUACGUCUGUUUAGGUCGAACUUUCUGUUCCUAUCUUGUCUCAACGCUGUGACUUUAUGCGCUCUGGUGAGGUUUAGGCACCAAAUCCACUUGGUUUAGGUCGGAAAGCCUGUUUGGCACCAAACCAUGAAAAUCCCACAGAUCACAAAUUUCUCGACUUCAACAGGGUGCAGGUUUUUAGCUGAGCAGCUACAGUGAAGAAUUCAGCUUUAAAGAAAGGGUUUAAAUAAUAUAUUUUAAGAUAAAUUUGGGAUCUCAGGGUUUCUGGAGACGAGCAGCAUGGAGCCACUUUACUGUGAAGCCCCAGAACUGUGGAGGAGGAGGAGAGGAGGACUUUAUAUCCUCAGGAGGAGGAGAGGAGGACUU